CAAAUUAACAUAAAUGCAUCGCUUAAAAUUAUAUAUUAUAUGGCAUUGCUUAAAUUGGUAUAAUCCAAGCAUGUUUUGACACGGAAGAAUCUGCAUGUUUAGUUUCCGGUUGCAUUUCGAGGCUUGUUCCGUGUCCUGUAGCAAUAUUUAAUUUCAACAGUGAUUAAGAUUGUAGCCAGAGGAAGUAACUUGUUUUACUCCUUCUUUUACAGUGCCACUCAUUUCAACAGUUUUGAAAGUAAUUCAUUUUUCCAGGGCAGAGCUGCUGAAGGAAGCAGAUUUACCUUGGUGAAACACUCAAACAUGAACACUGUUGCCAUUAAAGAGGAGGUCCCUGAAGUGGACUUUGUCCAUGUUAAGGAGAAUGUUCCUGAUCUGGACACUGUCGCCAUUAAAAAGGAGGUCCCUGAAGUGGACAUUGUCACCAUUAAACAGGAGGUCCCUGAAGUGGUCAUUGUCCAUGUUAAUGAGAAUCUUCCUGAGCUGGACACUGUCGCCAUUAAAGAGGAGGUCCCUGAACUGGACAUUGUCACCAUUAAAGAGGAGGUCCCUGAAAAUGACACUGUGCACACCGAUAGGUCUACAGUUCCAGAUUCUGUGUCUGUUAAAUAUUCAAAAGCCACAAGCAGCUUGCAGGGUUCACACCAGUGUACAACUUGUGGAAAAAAUUUCAGUCAGAUAGGACUCCUUAAAUCACACCAGAAAAUCCAUACAAUCAGUUACAAAAGGAAACUACAUCAUUGCAAAGAAUGUGGGAAAAGAUUCAGUACUUUAAGACUACUUAAACAACACCUACGAAUUCACACUGAAAAGAAACAGUAUAAUUGUAGCGAAUGUAAAAAGAGUUUUAGGCAUUUACAUGGAUUAAAAAAACACCAGAGAAUCCAUACAGGAGAGAGCCCAUAUUCCUGCACUGAAUGUGGGAAGUGUUUCAGGCAGUUAGGAAGCCUUCAAUACCACCAGCGUACGCACACAGGAGAGAGACCAUAUCAUUGCACUGAAUGUGACAAGAGUUUCAUCAAGUCAGGAAACCUUAAAGACCACAUGCGCAUUCACACUGGAGAGAAACCAUAUCCUUGUACACAGUGUGAGAGAAGUUUCAGGCAAUUAGGAGCUCUUAAAAAACACUUGCGAAUUCAUGCAGGAGUGAAACAAUUUAUUUGUAGUGAAUGUUGCAAAAGUUUCGUUCUGUUAGAUAACCUAAAAAAACACCAGAAAAUUCACACAGGAAAGAAACCAUAUCCUUGUACACAAUGUGGGAAACAUUUCAGUGAAUUAGGGGGCCUUAAAAAACACCAGCAAAUUCACACAGGAGAAAAGCCGUAUGCCUGUGCAGAAUGUGGGAACAGUUUCAGACAAUUAGUUAAUCUUAAAUACCACCAGCUAAUUCAUACUGGAGAGAAGCCCUAUCCUUGUACAGAAUGUGGAAAGAGUUUCAGGCAAAUAGGAGCUCUUAAGAAACACCAGCAGAUUCACAUGGGAGAGAAACCACAUUAUUGUACCGAGUGUUGUAAAAGCUUCAAGGAUAUAGAAAGCCUUCAAUAUCACCAGCAAUGCCACACAGGGGAGAAACAGUUUCUCUGUACUGAAUGUGGAAAGAAGUUCCUUCAGUUAGGAAAUCUGAAAAGACACCAGCGAAUUCACACAAGAGACCAGCCAUAUAUCUGUACAACAUGUGGGAUAAGUUUCUGUUCAUUUAUAACCCUUCAGAAACACCAGCAAACUCACACAGAAGAGAAUCAAUAUGACUGUUCUGAAUGUAGACAGAGUUUCUCUUCAUUAAAAAACCUUCAAAAACACCAGCAAGUUCACACAGGACUUAAACCAUAUAAUUGUGUAGAAUGUAUGAAGAGUUUUUCCCAAAUAGGAAACUUCAAAAAGCACAUGCGAACUCAUACUGAACAGAAUCCAUGUUACUGUAAAGAUUGUGGGAUGCGUUUUACUCGGUUAGGCAGCCUAAGAAGACACCAACAAAUUCAUAUAAAGAAUCCAUUUCGCUGUAUAGAGUGUGGGAAGUGUUUCAGCAAUAUAGAGCAUCUUAAAGGCCACUCGCAAAAUCACUCGAGAGAAACCCUCUGGAGGUGCUGAAUAUGGAAGGGCUUUGAUGCAUGGAAACGAUGGCGUCAUUCAGAGUGCACAAGGACUCGAUGACCUGAAGGCAACAACAGAACAGUGCUCAAUUUCAGCAUGUCCUAUAUGGAUUGGAUUCGUGCACAACUUGGUAUUCCAUCAUCUUGCAAUUGGUGCUUUCAUUUUUGACGUGGACUUGAGUGUGCAAUUCAUAAUGGUUAAGCUCUUACUGUACGCUAUGAGUUUGGACUUCAGUGCGUGACUCAAGAUUUCUGUUUUUAAUUGUACAAUGUAAAUAUAUCAGUCAAAAUAAAGGAGUAAACUGCAUUUUGACUUUCUGCUA